AAGGGAUUCCCUGACGUCACAGAGCGUGAGUGUGGCAGUGCUAGAAAAGAUCCUGACAGUCCACCUCGUCCCAGAAAGGGCUCUGUGAGCUUCCCCAUGCCCUGUACCCUCUCUCCUUCCAUCCCAACUGUGGAUCAUCCCUUCAGAACUCUGCAGCAUGGAGCCGCUCAACAGAACAGAGGUGUCCGAAUUCUUUCUGAAAGGAUUUUCUGGCUACCCAGCCCUAGAGCACCUGCUCUUCCCUCUGUGCUCAGCCAUGUACCUGGUGACCCUGCUGGGAAACACAGCCAUCGUGGCGGUGAGCGUGCUAGAUGUCCACCUACACAUGCCCAUGUACUUCUUCCUGGGCAACCUCUCCACCCUGGACGUCUGCUACACGUCCACCUUUGUGCCCCUGAUGCUGGUCCACCUUCUGUCAUCCCGGAAGACCAUCUCCUUUACUGGCUGUGCCAUCCAGAUGUGUCUGAGCCUGCCCACAGGCUCUACGGAGUGCCUGCUGUUGGCCAACAUGGCCUAUGACCGCUACCUGGCCAUCUGCCAGCCACUCAGUUACUGCGUGCUCAUGAGCUACCUGCUCUGCGUGCUGCUGGUGGGAGCUGCCUGGGUCCUCUGCCUCCUCAAGUCGGUGAAUGAGACAGUCAUCUCCAUAAGGCUGCCCUUCUGUGGCCACCACGUGGUCAGUCACUGCGAGAUCCUGGCGGUGCUGAAGCUGGCGUGCGGCAACACGUCCGUGAGCGAAGCCUUCCUGCUGGUGGGCUCCAUCCUGCCUGUAUCCCUGGCAUUCAUCUGCCUGUCCUACCUGCUCAUCCUGGCCACCAUCCUGAGGGUGCCCUCGGCCACCGGGUGCCGCAAAGCCUUCUCCACCUGCUUGGCAUACCUGGCUGUGGUGCUGCUUUGCUAUGGCACCAUCAUCUUCAUGUACAUGAAGCCCAAGAGCAAGGAAGCCCACAUCUCUGAUGAGGUCUUCACAGUCCUCUACGCCACGGUCACGCCCAUGCUGAACCCCAUCAUCUACAGCCUGAGGAACAGGGAGGUGAAGGAGGCUGCCAGGAAGGUGUGGGGCAGGAGUCGGGCCUCCAGGUGAGGGAGGGUGGGGCUCUGUACAGACACAGGUCUCAGAUUAGUAGCUGAGGCCAUCGUAUGCCAAUGCCAGUGA